AUGAGUCUCCCCGCCAUCUGUCUCCACAUAAUAUCAAACUUUAUCUCUUCUUCUGAUCCCUUGCCCCUUAGCAAGCUCGAAUUGGCUCAAUAUGCUUCAGUGAAUCGCAAUUGGCAGGCCGUUGUCGAGGAGCGAAGCUGGGCGACACUACGAGUCAAGACAGGAACUCCGUUGAGUCUAGAUCAGUUUGAAAGAUUGACAAACGACCCACGACGACAGUCAUAUAUUCGGAACAUCGAGUUGAUCGUGGAGCUAGAGCCUUACGAUGAAGCUGCCCGAGCUCACUUCGAGACAGAAUCUGAGCAUGAGCGCAAUAAUUAA